GCAGGGAAAGAAUGGGUGACCAAUCAGGAACCCCGAGAGGCUCAGCUCUUUCUGUUCCGCCCUUCCGUAACGUGUUUCGUUCUCGCGUUCUGAGAGGCUCUCGCUAGGCGCAGCGGCCGGUUUCCGUGGCAAAAGGAAAGCGCGGGAAUUACAGAUUAAUUGAAACUGCGACUGCGCGGUGUGAGCGUUCCUGACCAAGGGCGGUCCGGGGGGUUUUUUCAGAGAAGUGGGCCUCUGGGCCCGGGAACCACAGACGCUUUGCUCUGGAUAAAUUUCAUGUGUUAAAGUUCAUGGGAACAGGAAGAAAUGGAUUUUUCUGCGAAUCACGUUGAAGAAGUACAAAAUGUCCUUAAUGCUAUGCAGAAAAUCUUAGAGUGUCCAAUCUGUCUGGAGUUGAUCAAAGAGCCUGUUUCCACAAAGUGUGAUCACAUAUUUUGCAAAUUUUGUAUGCUGAAACUUCUCAACCAGAAGAAAGGGCCUUCACAGUGUCCUUUGUGUAAGAAUCAUAUAACCAAAAGAAGCCUACAAGAAAGUACAAGAUUUAGUCAGCUUGUUGAAGAGCUAUUGAAGAUCAUUCAUGCUUUUGAGCUUGACACAGGAUUGCAGAUUGCAAACAGUUAUAACUUUUCAAAAAAGGAAAAUAACUCUUCUGAACAUCUAAAGGAGGAAGUUUCUAUCAUUCAAAGUAUGGGCUACCGAAACCGGGCCAAAAAACUUCAACAGAGUGAACCUGAAAAUCCUACCUUGCAGGAAACCAGUCUUAGUGUCCAGCUCUCUAACCUUGGAAUUGUGAGAUCUCUGAGGACAAAGCAGCAGAUACAACCUCAGAAUAAGUCCGUCUACAUUGAAUUGGGAUCUGAUUCUUCUGAAGAUACAGUUAAUGAGGCCAGUUAUUUCAGUGUAGGAGACCAUGAAUUGUUAGAAAUCACCCCUCAAGGAGCCAAGGCUGAAGCCAGUUUGAAUCGUGCAAAAAAGGCUGCUUGUGAGUUUUCUGAGAAGGACAUAACAAAGGCUGAACAUCAUCAAUUCAGUAAUAAAGAUUUGACCACCACUGAGAAGCAUGAAACUGAGAAGCAUCCAGAAAAGUAUCAGGGUAUUUUUGUUUCAAACUUGCAUGUGGAGCCAUGUGGCACAGAUACUCAUGCCAGCUCAUUACAGCAUGAAAACAGCAGUUUAUUACUCACUAAAGACAGAAUGAAUGUAGAAAAGGCUGAAUUCUGUAAUAAAAGCAAACAGCUUGUCUUAGGAAAGAGCCAACAGAGCAGAUGGGCUGAAAGUAAGGACACAUGUAAUGAUAGGCAGACUCCCAGUACAGAGAAAAAGGUAGUUCUGAAUGCUGAUCCCCUAUAUGGGAGAAAAGAACUGAAUAAGCAGAAACCUGCCUCCUCUGACAGUCCUAGAGAUUCCCAAGAGUUUCCUUGGAUAACACUGAAUAGCAGCAUACAGAGAGUUAAUGAAUGGUUUUCCAGAAGUGACGAAAUGCUAACUUCUUACGACUCACGUGAUGGGGCAUUUGAAUCAAACACUGAAGUAGCUCGUGCAGUGGAAGUUCCAAAGGAAGUUGAUGGAUAUUUGGGUUCUUCAGAGAAAAUAGACUUAAUGGCCAGUGAUCCUCAUGGUGCUUUAAUACAUGAAAGAGUCCACUCCAAACCAGUAGAGAGUAAUAUUGAAGAUAAAAUAUUUGGGAAAACCUAUCAGAGGAAGACAAGCCUCCCUAACUUGAGCCGCAUAGCUGAAGAUCUAAUUAUAGGAGCAUCUACUGUAGAACCUCAGAUAACACAAGAGCGCCCCCUCACAAAAAAACUAAAGCGUAAAAGGAGAAGUACAUCAGGCCUUCAUCCUGAGGAUUUUAUCAAGAAAGUCGAUUUGGCAGUUCUUCCAAAGACUCCUGAAAAAAUAAUUGAGGGAACUGACCAAACAGAGCAGAAUGGUCAUGGGAUAAAUAUUACUAGUAAUGGUCAUGAGACUGAAAUGAAAGGUGGUUAUGUUCAGAAAGAGAAAAAUGCUAACCUAACAGAAUCAUUGGAAAAAGAAUCUGCUUUCAGAACUAAGGCUGAACCUAUAAGCAGCAGUAUAAGCAAUAUGGAACUAGAAUUGAAUAUCCAUAGUUCAGAAGCACCUAAAAAUAGGCUGAGGAGGAAGUCCUCUACCAGGAACAUUCAUGCACUUGAACUAGCAGUCAGUAGAAACCCAAGCCCACCUAAUCAUGCUGAACUACAAAUUGAUAGUUGUUCUAGCAGUGAAGAGAUGAAGAAAAAACAUUCCAGCCAAAUGCCAGUCAGGCACGGCAAAAAGCUUCAAUUCAUGGGAGAUAAAGAACCUACAACUGGAGCCAAGAAGAGUGACAAGCCACACAAACAAAUAACUAAGAGACUUGCCAGUGACACUUACCCAGAACUAAAUUUAACAAACAUACCUGUUUUUUUUACUCACUGUUCUGGUUCUAAUAAACUUCAAGAGUUUGUUAAUCCUAGCCUUCAAAGAGAGGAGAGCCUAGGAACAAUUCAAGUGUCAAAUAAUACCAAAGACCCCAAAGAUCUGACAUUAAGUAGAGGAAAAGGUUUGCAAAUUGAAAGAGCUGUAGAGAGUACCAGUAUUUCCUUGGUACCUGAUACUGAUUAUGGCACUCAGGAUAGUAUCUCAUUACUGGAAGCUGACACCCUAGGGAAGGCAAAGACAGCACCAAAUCAACAUGUGAGUCUGUGUGCAGCAAUUGAAAGCCCCAAGGAACUUAUCCCUGGUUGUUCUAAAGAUAUUAGAAACGACACAGAGGACUUUCAGGAUCCACUGGGACAUGACGUUAACCACAUUCAGAAGGCGAGCAUAGAAAUGGAAGAGAGUGAACUUGAUACACAGUAUUUGCAGAAUAUGUUCAAGGUUUCAAAGCGUCAGACGUUUGCUCUGUUUUCAAAUCCAGAAAAGGAAUGUGCAACAGUCUGUGCCCACUCUGGGUCCUUAAGGGAACAAAGUCCAAGAGUCCCUCUUGAAUGCAGACAAAAAGAAGAAGAUCAGGGAAAGAGUGAGUCUAAAAUCAAGCAUAUGCAGGCAAUUAAUACAACUGUGGACUUCCCUGUCGCUGGUCAAAAAGAUAAGAAGCCGAGCGAUCAUGCCAAACGUAGCCCAGAAAGAGUAACUAGGCUUUGUCAGUCAUCACAGUUCAGAGGCAACAAAACUGAGCUCAUUAUUGCAAAUAAACAUGGGAUUUCACACAACCCAUAUCUUAUACCAUCACUUUCUCCCAUCAGGUCAUCUGUUAAAACUAUAUGUAAGAAAAACCUGUCAGAGGAAAAGUUUGAGGAACCUGUAAUGUCACCUGAAAGAGCAAUGGAAAACGAGAGCAUCGUUCAAAGUACAGUACGCACAAUUAGCCAAAAUAACAGUCGAGAAAGCACUUUUAAAGAAGUCAACUCAAGCAGUAUUAAUGAAGUAGGUUCCAGUACUAAUGAAGUAGGCUCUAGUAUUAAUGAAGUAGGUUCCAGUGGUGAAAACAUUCAAGCAAAACUAGAUAGAAACAGAGGACCUAAAUUAAGUGCUUCGCUCAGAUUAGGUCUUAUGCAACCCGAAGUCUAUAAGCAAAGUCUUCCUGUAAGUAACUGUCAACUUCCUGAAAUAAAAAGGCAAGGAGAAAAUGAAGGCACACUUCAGGCUGUUAAUGAAGAUUUCUCCCCAUGUCUAAAUCCAGAUAACCUAGAACAACCUAUGGGAAGAAGCCAUGCUUCUCAGGUUUGUUCUGAGACACCUGAUGAGUUGUUAAAUGAUGACAAAAUAAAGGAAAGCAACUUUGCUGAAAGUGACAUUGAGGAAAGAUCUGCUGUUUUUAGCAAAAGUGUCCAAAAAGGAGAAUUCAGAAGGAGCCCUGGCCCUUUAGCCCAUCAUACAUCUUUGGUUCAGGGUCACGAAAGAGGGGCUGAGUCCUCAGAAGAGAAUGUGUCUAGUGAGGAUGAAGAGCUUCCUUGCUUCCAACACUUAUUUGGUAAAGUAACCAAUACACUGUCUCCAUCUACCAGACAUAAUGCUGUUGCCACAGAGGGUCUAUCUAAGGAAACAGAGGAGAACCUAAUAUCAUUGAAGAAUAGUUUAAAUGACUGUAGUGACCACGUAACAUCGGCAAAGGCAUCCGAGGAACAUCACCUUCAUGAGGAAGCGAGAUGUUCUGAUAGCUUAUUUUCUUCACGGUGCAGUGCAGUGGAAGACUUGACCGCUAAUACAAACACCCAGGAUCCUUUCUUGAUGUUUGAUCCUCUUUCCAAACAAGUGGGGCAUCAGUCUUACAACCAGGAAGUUCUGAGUGACAAGGAAUUGGUUUCAGAUGAUGACGAAAGGGAAACUGGCUGGGAAGAGGAUAAUCACCAAGAAGAGCAGAGUGUGGAUUCAGACUUAGGUGAAGCAGCAUCCGAGUAUGAGAGUGAAACAAGCCUCUCUGAAGACUGUUUGGGGCUGUCCUCUCAGAGCGAUAUCUUAACCACUCAGCAGAGGGAUACCAUGCAAGAUAACCUGCUAAAGAUCCAGCAGGAAAUGGCCGAACUGGAAGCUGUGUUAGAGCAGCACGGGAGCCAGCCUUCUCACAGCUCCCCUUCCCUCAUAGCCGAUUCUUGUGCCUCUGAGGACCUGCUAAAUCUGGAACAAAACACAUCAGAAAAAGCAGUAUUAACUUCAGAGAAAAGUAGUGAAUAUCCUAUAAGCCAGAAUCCAGAAAGCCUUUCUGCUGACAAGUUUCAAGUAUCUCCGGAUACUUCCACCAGUAAAAAUAAAGAACCAGGAAUGGAAAGGUCUUCCCCUUCUAAAUCGCAGUUGUCAGAUAAUAGUUGGUAUAUGCACAGCCACUCAAGGAGUCUUCAGAGCAGAAACUGCCCACCUCAAAAGGAGCUUGAGGUUGUUGAUGUGGAGGAGCAACAGCUGACGGAGUCUGAGGCCCAGGAUUUAAUGGAGCAGUCUUCUUUGCCAAGACAAGAUCUAGAGGGAACCCCUUACCUAGAAUCUGGAAUCAGCCUCUUCUCUGAUGACCCUGAGUCUGAUCCCUCUGAAGACAGAGCCCCAGAGCCAGCUCAUGUCUGCAGCAUGCCACCCUCAGCCUCUGCACUGAAAUUACCCCAAUUUCAAGCAGAAGAAUCUGCCAGGAGUCCGGCUGCAGCUCAUAUUACUAAUACUGCAGGGUAUAAUGUGAGGGAAGAAAGUGUGAGCAGGGAGAAGCCAGAGUUGAUACCUUCAACACAAAGAGGCAACAAAAGAAUUUCUAUGGUGGCAUCAGGCUUGACCUCAAAAGAAUUUGUGCUUGUGCACAAGUUUGCCAGAAAACAUCACAUCACUUUAACUAAUCUAAUUACUGAAGAGACUACUCAUGUCAUUAUGAAAACAGAUGCUGAGUUUGUGUGUGAACGGACACUGAAAUAUUUUCUGGGAAUUGCAGGAGGAAAAUGGGUAGUUAGCUAUUUCUGGGUGACCCAGUCUAUUAAAGAAAGAAAGAUGCUGGAUGAGCAUGAUUUUGAAGUCAGAGGCGAUGUUGUCAAUGGAAGAAACCAUCAAGGCCCAAAGCGAGCAAGAGAAUCCCAGGACAGGAAGAUCUUCAAGGGCUUAGAAAUCUGUUGCUAUGGACCGUUUACCAAUAUGCCCACAGAUCAACUAGAGUGGAUGGUGCAUCUGUGUGGGGCUUCUGUGGUGAAGGAGCCCUCAUCAUUCACCCUCAGCCAGGGUACUCAACCAAUUGUGGUCGUGCAGCCGGAUGCCUGGACAGAGGGCGGUGGCUUCCAUGUCAUCGGGCAGAUGUGUGAAGCACCUGUGGUGACCCGAGAGUGGGUAUUGGACAGCGUAGCCCUCUACCAGUGCCAGGAGCUGGACACCUACCUGAUACCCCAGGUCCCCAGAGCUGCUGCUGAUUCCAGCCUGCCAUGUAUAUAGGGGAUAGGGCCCGUCUCUGCAGGACCUCAAGAAUGAGCUUAAGAAAUGACCUUUUUCCAGGCCCAGGGAAAGGCCUCUUCAGUCCUUCCACAGCCCCGAUUCCUAAAUAUUUUAUGUACAUCAGCCUGAAAAGAACUUCUGGCUCUGCAAGGGUCCCUUAAAGAUUUUCUGCUUCAAGUCUCCCUUUGAAAUCUGCCAUGAGCACAAAAUUGUGGCAACUUUUCACCUGAAAAGAAUUUAAAACCAUUUAAACCCCACCAAUUGAGCAAGAUGCUGAUUCAUUAUUUAUCAGCCUUAUUCCUCGUCCUGGGGCUGUCGGCUUCGAGCUGGAGGCAGAGUGGUUGGUCUCAGGAGAAUAGCUGGUUUCCCUAAAUUUGUUUCUCAAAACCCUUGUGUUCUUAAAGUCCAGGAGUCAGAUCCUUCAAUGGAAGGUGAGUACUUGGGGAUCUGUGCUGUGACUUAAAAUCAGAACAGUCCUUGGACAGCUCUCAAGUGUUGGAGUGGAGCAUUGGGGAGGAAAUCCAGAGGCGGUAAUGGAUAUAAUAUGAAAUUUGAGGGUUAAUUAGAGGAGAGGGGAGUCUUGCUGACCCUGAUCUCCAAAAGUCUGGGCUAUAGUUGCUGGGCUUCUAAAGAAUUUCUUAGCACUCAUGUGCUCUGAAACAGCAGAAUCUUUUCAAGAAUUCUGGUGUCCAAAGAGAAUCUUCUAAUUCCCCAUUAGUGACAAAUAAAAUGUUUAUUGUUGUAGCUCUGAUAUGUAACCCAUUCCUCUUGAAAUAUAAGAUCUCUGAUAUGAAUAUUUCAUGUCUGUAAGAUGAUGGAUCCCACCAGGAAAGGAGCUGUUUGCUUUCCUUGAGGUAAUUUUUUUCUCUUUGCUCCCUAUUGCUGAACUGUACAGAUUCAUAAAUAAUUUUGUUUGCUGAAGGAAGAGAAAGUGUUUUUCAUAAACUCAUUAUCCAGGACUGUUUAUAGCUGUUGGAAGGACUAGGUCUUCCUUAGCCCCCCAGUGUGUGCAGGCAGUAAGGACUUGAUUGUACAAAAUAUGUUUUGUAAAUGUGCUUUUCACCUGGAAAUAAACUUGGUAGCAAAC